ACCAAACAUCAUUAGAAAAAAAAAAACGACGUCGUAUUUGAUGGAAAGGGGAUUCUUCACUUCGAGGCCUCGUUAGGUCUCCAACAAUGGCGGUUUGCCUGGUUGGAGUUUGCUCGCUGAAGAGGAAGUAAUUAAGUUAUGAAUGAAGAUAGCAACGUAUAACGUGAACGGACUGAGACCUCGAAUUUCUCAGUAUGGCUCCCUCCGUAAACUCCUUGAUUCUCUUGAUUCCGACAUCAUCUGCUUUCAGGAAACGAAAUUAUCUAGACAAGAACUAAGAGCCGACGUAGUUUCAGCAGAUGGGUACGAGUCCUUCUUCUCUUGCACACGUUCUCUUGAAAAAGGCCGCACUGGUUAUUCCGGUGUUGCAACAUUUUGCAAAGUAAAUUCUGCUUUUUCAAGCAAUGAAGUUGCACUUCCACUUGAUGCAGAAGAAGGUUUCACUGGCGUUCUAGAGAAUUCUAAAGGAUUUACAACCAAAAAACAUGAUCUUCUCACAUGUGUCGAAGGGCUUGAGGGAUUUAACAGAGAUGAACUUCUUAAAAUUGACAAUGAGGGGCGUUGUAUUAUCACUGAUCAUGGUCAUUUUGUUCUUUUCAACAUUUAUGGGCCUCGAGCUGCAUCUGAUGACACAGAAAGAAUUGAAUUCAAGCUCUCAUUCUACAAGAUACUCCAGAAAAGAUGGGAGUCUUUUAUGCUUAAAGGAAAGAGGAUAAUUGUUGUUGGUGAUUUAAACAUUGCUCCUUCUUCUAUAGAUAGGUGUGAUGCUGGACCAGAUUUUGAGAAUAAUGAGUUUAGAAGCUGGUUUAGAUCUUUAUUAGUGGAAAAUGGAGGCUUGUUCUUCGAUGUGUUCAGAGGAAAACAUCCUGAAAGAAAAGAAGCGUAUACAUGUUGGUCAACAAACACAGGUGGUGAAAUGUUCAAUUUUGGUUCAAGAAUUGAUCAUAUUUUAAUUAGUGGUUCAUGCUUACAUGAAAAUAAGGAUCUCAAAGGUCACAACUUUUUCUCAUGCCAUGUUAAAGAUUGUGAUAUAUUAACACAAUUCAAACGGUGGAAACCCGGGACCACACCAAGCUAUAGAUGGAAAGGAGGAGGAAGCAUGAAGUUGGAAGGUUCCGAUCAUGCCCCUGUCUUUAUGAGUUUAAAAGAAAUCCCUGACAUUCAACCACAUAACACUCCGCCUCUAUCCACUAGAUACUGUCCUCAAGUUAGAGGAUGUCAGCAAACUCUUGUAUCGAUGUUAUCAAGAAGGCAAUCAACAGAGGAAGUGAAAGCCCAUGAAGAUAAUAAAGGAGUUAAAAGACCUGUUUUUGAUUCCACAAGUUCAAUUCAAACAAAUGAUAUUAUCAAAAUCAAUGCAAUGAAUUUUACAGAAAUGAAGAAAAAACCAAAAAAGAAUCAUUCAUCACAGCUCUCACUCAAGUCCUUUUUUCAAACCACUUCAAAAAGUGAUGCUGUUGAGAGUAAAAUUGCUUUAUUAGAGUGGAAAAGAAUUCAAGAAUUCAUGCAAAAAAGCAUACCUGUGUGUAAAGGUCACGGCGAACAAUGUGUUUCUCGGGUCGUGAAGAAAGCGGGGCCCACUUUUGGUCGACAGUUUUAUGUUUGUGCUCGUGCAGAGGGACCCGCAUCGAAUCCUGAAGCGAAUUGUGGGUAUUUUUCGUGGGCUGAUUCAAGAUCUAAGCGGAAACAAGGAAAAUGAUGUUGUGGUCUUUAUAUAAAUUUUAAUGUAUAUGUAUGUAGCAAGUAAUAUAAAGAUCCGAACACAAAUGUUUCGUGAUUUGAUAUUCCGUUUUCUGUUAGUGGGUCCCACAACCAAAAUUGUGGAGACAAAUUUAUUGUUGAAAUCUGAUUUAUCUUAUGAAAGUUAUAACAACCGGUCCCACAAUUAAUAUGAGAAAACAAAGAGUUUAUAUCUACUAGUUUGUUAC